CCCUGGUCCCGGGACGAGGGGACCGGACGGAGGGGACGGGGGAGGGGAAGGUGCGCCGCCUCCUCCCUCUGGGCUUGUAAAUCCGCAGCGGCCUCCGCAGCAGCCUCCCAGCCCGCCCCCGGCCCCCUCCUCCUCCCGCGCUGGAAUGGUACGUUCCGGUCCGCCUGGCCCGGCUGCAGUGGAUGUUGCUAGAACCCACGCGGAGGAGGGAAGAGACGCAGGCAGGCUGCGGUGACCCAAGCGGCCGCCCCUGCCUCAGGGACCCCUUCCCGGAGACACGGCACCAUGACCCAAGGAAAGAUCUCCGUGGCUAACAAAGCCCCCGGGACAGAGGGGCAGCAGCAGGCCAGUGGGGAGAAGAAGGAAACUCCAGCAGUGCCCUCGGCCCCGCCCUCCUAUGAGGAGGCCACCUCUGGGGAGGGGCUGAAGGCAGGGGCCUUCCCCCCGGCCCCGUCAGCCGUGCCUCUCCAUCCCAGCUGGGCCUAUGUGGACCCUAGCAGCUCUAGUUAUGAGAACGGUUUCCCCGCUGGAGACCAUGAGCUCUUCACCACCUUCAGCUGGGAUGACCAGAAAGUUCGACGAGUCUUCAUCAGAAAGGUCUAUACAAUCUUGCUGAUCCAGCUGCUGGUGACCUUGGGUGUCGUGGCUCUUUUCACCUUCUGUGACCCCGUUAAGGACUAUGUCCAGGCCAACCCAGGAUGGUACUGGGCAUCCUACGCUGUAUUCUUUGCGACCUAUCUGACCCUGGCCUGCUGUUCUGGACCUAGGAGGCAUUUCCCCUGGAACCUGAUUCUCUUGACCAUCUUCACCCUGUCCAUGGCCUACCUCACUGGGAUGUUGUCCAGCUACUACAACACCACAUCUGUGCUGCUGUGCCUGGGCAUCACGGCUCUCGUCUGCCUCUCUGUCACCGUCUUCAGCUUCCAGACUAAGUUCGACUUCACCUCCUGCCAAGGCGUGAUCUUCGUGCUGCUCAUGACGCUCUUCUUCAGUGGACUCAUCCUGGCCGUCCUCCUGCCCUUCCAAUAUGUGCCCUGGCUUCACGCAGUGUAUGCCGUGCUGGGAGCAGGCGUGUUUACGUUGUUCCUGGCAUUCGACACCCAGUUGCUGAUGGGUAACCGACGCCACUCACUGAGCCCCGAGGAGUAUAUUUUUGGAGCCCUCAACAUUUACCUAGACAUCAUCUACAUCUUCACCUUCUUCCUGCAGCUUUUUGGCACCAACCGGGAAUGAGGAGCCCUUCCUUCCUUCCUUCCUUUCAAGAGUGUCCCCCUUGCUGGUCCUCUGUCCCUCCCUGUACUCUCCUGCAAGCCCAGAUGUGAAACUAGCUGUCAGCCCAUCCUUUGGCCUCCCCUCAGCCCGAUGCUUGUCCUCACCCUCUGCAGCCUUGUACCCCAGCAUUAGGGGCCCCACAGAACCGAGGUCACACCCUCUCCCUCUGUGCUGCCCCUUCCUCCCACUUACAUCUCCUGAAGUGAACAGUCAAGACUGGAGACUCCUCUGGGUUUGAGGACCGAAGGGACGAGUGGGAGGAGUCCAGCAGGAUUCCAGAGGUGGAAAAGAGAUCUCAGGACCGUAGCUGAAGUCUGCACCCCACUGAGGUUCCUCCUAAGGCUGCCCCAGCUGUGUGGGGUACAUUGUCCUGUGUCAAAUCCACUCCUCUGUUCUUUCCUUCUAGAUCAGGCAUUGACACUUAUAAGGGGGUGUGAGGAAGCUGGGAGAGAAAGUGAGACUGUUCUGCCGGUGGGGGGAUGUGGAUCGACCCAAUGGUUGUCCCAGGCUGCCCAUCCUGGCAACUUUGAGACUAGCACCAUAUUCUAGGCACUUGAGCCCUAUGCCAUGGAAGAGGGGCAGGAAGCCAGAACGAACUAUCUGAACUUGCCUUGGUUUACCGUCCUGGGUCAUGAAAGAACUCUGUUGGGGCAGGAGGUGGGGACAGGGGACCUGUCCAGGGGCCAUAAGGGAGAUGGGGGGCAGGUGGUCCUUUGGGAGGUGUGGGCUUUGUAGUAACACCAAGUCACCCAGCCCUGCAUCUCACUGUGGGGGGGGGGGACGGCAUUUGAAAUUGGCAGGACUGACUUCCUCUCACCCUCUUCCCUGGACUCCCUGGGCUGUCCCCCAACCUCGGCCUGAGGCUGAGUGGAGUGUGUGGACCCUAGAGGAUUGGAUGCUCCGAUAGAGAGGGAGGGUUAUACUAGCUGCUGAACUAGCCCCACUGGGAGGGAAUCCUGCCCUGCCCGGAGGCCUUUCCACACUUCUUUCCUAAACUUUCCCCCACCCACUGCUGCCCUGUGCUGGUGGAUCCCCAAGCCAGGCCUCCUGAGGCCUCAGUUGGCAGUGCCCAUAUUCCUCCCCCUGGCUUCUCUGGCCGCUCAGCCCAGAAGCCUAAGCCCUCCCCCCCUUCAUUCCUUAUCUCCUUAUCUCUGGACUCUGGAAGCCGUUCAGCUGAUGCUAACAGCCAGAGCCGGUCCUUCCAGCUGGUCCCAUGUGAUGAGGUUGGGUCUCCUUAUCAGCCUCCAGGCCUCUGAGAGCUGAGACUCGAUCAGGGUGUACGUCAGCCCCCCAGCAGGGCCUGCAGGGGAGGGUAUGAUGGGGCCAUACCAGGGGGAAGUGUGCAGCCAGCACCUCGAAGCCAGCUCUGCGCGGGUGGAAAGUUACCGGGUGCGGUCAGAGAGGUUCAUAUACCUGGACCUUCCCUUGGGCUUUCCCUCCAGGGCUCACCUCUCUUCCCGGUGCUGGGGGCUCUUUUGCCCUUGGAGAGAGUGACUAGGUAUGUUAGCAAUCUGUUUUGACUCUUCCUUCUCCACCCUUCCUGUUUUCAGCUUUCAAGAAAUAUUGCAGAAGCAUUUGAAAUUUUGUUCCCCCUUGGGCAUUUGAGGAAAGAGGGAAGCAAGAACGGAUGGUAGUGUUUGUGCAUGAGACAAAGGCAACUGGGAGCAUGGCUGGAUGCCUACUGUGUGCUGGUCUAAAUCCGUCCAUUAAAGCAAUCCUGUAAAGGCAGUCGUCUGCACAUGCUGAUCGCAGAGGGCAAAGCUGAGGUGGUCGAGAGAAUUGGGAGCAAGACCAAGGGCAUACAGCUAACCUACUAGACUGGGGCUGGAAUGAGACCGGGUGGUCAGGCCAGACAUCCUAGGUCUCCGGAGGAUUUGUUGUCUUCUUUGUCUCCCCGGCUUCCCCCUUGCCCCCACUACCACCACCAAAUUUUGUACUCUGUCGUUUCCACCUUCUAGACACAAGCUGGGAAGCAGGAUUCUGGUGGCUGAUUCCCAGCCUCACUGCCGACAGGCUCAUGGUAUUAAGUUGCGAGUAGUUUUCAGAUUAACGAGAUGGAAGACCUCGGCCUGGGCAGUGCAGGGAGAGGGACCAGAACACAUUUGCCCUGACUUCCGGGUCCAGUUGCCACCUUUCCUCCAAGGUCUGUUCACUUCCUCUCCAGUUCCAAAAGGGUCAUUCAACCCAGGCCUUGGUCAUGCUUCCCAGAAUCCUCUUGUCCAAGUCGUCCUCUCCCUAGGACAGUUUAUGCAGAAAUAGGCUUGAGAAGCUGAUCUGGGGCUGAGCUCUGAAAGGUUGAGGGAAGGAGGUAAGCCCUCAGCAACAAACAAUGUGACUGGGCAACUUGGCAUUCUGGAAGCAGGGGCAGUAUGCCACAGACUCUCCUGUGAGAGGCCCCUGAGGGAUCCAGAACACGCUGAGCCAGCUGCAGAGCUGGGGCUGGGAGCCCUGCUUAUCACCUCCCUGCCCCCAACUCAGGCCAGGAAGAGCCCAGGAACACCUGGCUGGGCCUUUGAAGGAGGAAGGGCAGAGGAACAGGAAUGCAGGAUUAGGAGAAACUGAGAAACCAAAGCUAAGCAGGUGCCACAACCUGCCAAGGAGAAAGAGAACCUGUGGGCCCUCACAUUUUUGGCAGGGGAGGGGCUGGGCCAAGGAAGGAGUAGGUUGGAUUUUAUAGAGCUCGAGGCAGCCAGGAAUCUGAUCAUCUGUGAUGUCAGGUCGGAGGUUUCCUGCCAGGAGGAAGACAGAAAGACAGAUGGAGAGAUCCUCUCCUGGGGUUGCGUCUGGGGUCCUAGGAGGCACAGGGAAUUCCCCGGACUCCUGCCCCAAUUCCCAGGCACGUGUGUGGCUCCUGUGUUGUCUGAGGAAGCCCCAGGAAUCUUGUUCUUCCUCCCAGGGGAGUCAGGAACCCACAGAUAACCCUUAUUUCCAAAGGUUCUGCCUCUCCCUCCCUGGCCCUCCUGGGACUAGCCCAAGACCUAACCUUGCUCCCGAGAGCUGGAUUUCACGCCAGCGCUUUGCUGCCCCCCGGUGGCCGCUGGAGGAAAAGCAGGGCCUGGUUCUGCGGGCGAGAAGCAGAAGGGCUGUGUGGCUUGCUGGCUUCAGACAGCAUUCAUUCACCACCCUUCUCAGACCUCCCCAGACCUCUCUCCUCAUCAGCCUCUGAUUGUUCCCUUUAGUCCAACUGUUGUCACAUCUUUGGGACACUGUUCACCCAUAUCCUAGAAACCACCCUGUGCCACCCGGCCCCAGAGCUUUCCCUCAAGAGACUGAGGGCAGACACCUGCCACCACACACAGUCCCUCUGGCCUCAGCCCCUUCAAGCUGCCCAGGGUCCGAGUCUGUUCCAUUUCCUGGCGUCACCUUCCCGGUACGUGACUGACAGGAGAUAAUAAUAAAAUUAUGACAUCUGAACCAUU